AUGCAUGAUAUUUUGUGCAAUGAACUUCAGUCGAUUGUGUCCACGGCCCCUGCCAAUGCAACGAUUGAUGCCCUCAUGCCUUUCGCCACUUCAGACUACUCGAGACGAACCUUCUCAGAAUGGCACAAUUUGCUCUCGAAGUUGCCACAACUGCAGCCUGAGGAGUGGGAAGUGGGAGCGUGUGUAGCCAAGGCCCGCGUCCCCCCGUCGCCUGAAGAUAACGCGAGCCGUCACGCGAGGCUCAUUUUGCGAUGCGCGCACCUUGUCUUGCGUGCAGGACGCUGUCAGCCAAUCGAAAUUCGAGCAUUGCCAAGGCUACCUACAGGAUCAUGGCGUGAGCGCAAGUCAAACGCGUCGCGUGCCCCAAAGCCAUUAUAGCCUCGCAAUGAGGUGGCAGAAAGAGAGCGCGUGGAGGAAAUUGAGAUAUCGAGCCUCGUGUAUGGUGGAGGACGAAAAGAGGGCGUUGAUAAACCCAGGUCUUGGCACCAAUACCCCAUUGUCAUGCGAGAAGGGUGCCAGCUGAAUGUGAUAUGUAGAUUUCGCAUCAACGGCGAUAGGGUAAAUCAGUCCCGCAAUGUUCAUGAGCAGCAGCAGCAGCAUAAAAAUCGUGUUUUGGAAAGCAACGUAGGCAUCGAAUAG